ACGUUGCGGUCGGUGCUAAUCUACGUGGAAUUGAAAACGUAAACACAAAUAUCGGCAGCUUGAAAUUAACUCACUAUUUUCCCUGAAAUAAUGUCUGACUGGGACUGGGGAUCGAAGAAAACAGGUGGACAAAACAACCACGGUGGUAAAAUGAGUACGGAGGACAUGCUUGAAGCCGAAAAUGACCGAAUGACACUCGGUCUAGCAGCUAAGGUCUCAACAUUGAAAUCUCUUGCCAAGGAUAUGGAGAAUGACACAAAUGACCAAAAUGUUUAUCUUGAUGGAAUGGGUGAUGACUUCUCCAGCUCCGAAGGCCUCCUAAGCGGAACUGUAAAGCGGCUGGACGGCAUGCUGUCGUCCGGCCGCGGCAAUCGCAAGCUCAUGUGCUACCUGAUCUUAGGACUCGUUCUAUUGUUCGUCUUUGCGUAUCUCCUGUUAUCUCGAGUGACUGGGCACUGACAGUGGAUGAGUGUCGAACAUUGAGAUUGAGGAUCAGAUAUGAUUAUAUUUUUUUCAGGACUACUUCGCUCUUUUUAGUGGGACUCUGAAUUGGCACCUAGAGACAGACUUCUCUACUGCGAUGGAGUUGAACGAGAUCAUUGUGCGGAGAUCACUGUGAACUUCUGUACGCUGAAGAUUUGUAUAAUUUCGAAAGCUGGACACGACUCUACCAUUCUGAGUCCUACUACUUCUGUACAGAUGCAGCAUAUAGAGACUGACUUUCUAUUUAUUGCUUAUUUCUAUCGAGUAUGAAUACAAUCAAUGCCGGUUCUUGUGCAGAGAAGAUUCAGAAUUGUGGAAAGGAUGAUUAUAGUACUUCUUCUGCACUAAUCUGCAUCUCAUAGAGACAUUCAUCCUGUUUAUUGCUAAGAAGUAUUAUUGCGAUCAUGGACGGCUCCUGUACGUGGAAGAUUCAGAUUGUAGAAAAGCUGUUUAUGGGGACUCUUGUCCGUACUUAUCCUAAUCUUCUGCACUAAUCUCCAUCAGGUAGAAUCAUACAUCCUAUUUAUUUCAAUCAAGUAUUAACGUGAUCAUGGAUGGCUCAUGUACGAGGAAGAUUCCGAUCGCGAAAAAGAUUAGUAGCGUUCAUUCUUACACUUUUCUCCCGUUCUCAUCAGCAUCACAUAGCGACAUACAUCUUAUUUGUUCAUAGUGUCAAGUAUUAAUGCGAGCAUCGACGGAUCCUGUACGUGGAAGAUGCAGAUUGUGGAAAAGAUUGGUAUAAUUCAUUCUCACACUUUUCUCCUGUACUGAGCAGCACCACGUAAUGAUAUAGUUCCUAUUUAUUGCUAUCAAGUAGUAACCUGUGGGAGACUGAAUCUGUAUAUUUGUGGGCUGUAAACUGCCGAUUCGUCUAUUGCCAACUCAUCCACUCAUCACAUGGUCUACCUUCAUUUAGUCUAAUGCCAUUACAUCUAUCAACAUUUCGUCUAACAACCAUUUGGUUGUAUUAUCACUUCGUCUAAUCACCAGUUCAUAAUGACCAUUUUGUCGAAAAACCAGUUGGUCUUAUACCCAUUUUUUUUUCAUUCAUUUUGCCCAAUUAACACUUGUCCAAUUAGACCAAAUGGUUUAUGGACUAAAUGGCUAUUGGACCAACCAGUUAUUAGACGAAAUGGUGAGUGGACGAAAUGGCAGUUAGACCAUGUGGGUAGUGGACGAAUUGAUGAUAGUAGACGAGUUCACUUGGUAAUUAGACAAAUUGGCUUUAGAGACCAAUUGGAAAUAAACCAUGCGGGCUGGGGGUCCAUGGAAAAUAUAGUAUAGUUAUAGCAAAAUCAUUCAGUCUCGAAUGGGUUAAGGUAAUCAUUAGACUGUACAUGACUACAUGGAGGAGUUGUAUAAGUAGAAAAAUGGAUAUGAUACUGCCAUUUUUUGCCCUUUUACUUCUGUACUCAUCUGCAGCAAAUAGAAACCAUCUUUCUGUUUAUCUCUAAUGGACAUCAUAUUGUAUUAAGGCCACUGCACACCUUACAACCUGACUGGCUUGCAACUGAGUGAGGGGAGAUAUGAUGUCACAGCUCUUGUCAGCUUUAGAGUCGCAGACUGGUCAGAUACAAGUCGCAAGGAAAAUCUUAAGGAUUUGACAUGUCGAAUCCUUAUGACUGGAUCGCAAGCUCAAUCCAACUUCCAGCCAAUCAGACAGCAGAGUUGCACAACAUGUAUAUGAUAAACAACACGCAUACGCAGUAGUAAGCGCCAUUUUCUCAGUUGCUAUGGCAAUAAGUGCAUAAGUGAGUCGCAGACAGAAUGGUAGUCGGAUCGAAAGGUGUGCAGUGUCAAGGCUUACGACUACCUUGCGAUUCAUCUCUACUCACUCAGUCGCAAGCCGAUCGUAGACCAGUCGGGUCGUAAGGUGUGCGGUGGCCUUAACAUGUAAUACAAUCCUUGCCUUUUCUAGCAUGCAUAUGUAAUUAGUCUUGUGGAAAAUAGAAUUUCGGCUGGAAAAUAGAAUUUCGGCUGAAUAUUUGCCUUUUUCUCCUUUCAGUCUUACAUGUAACUAAUUAGUUGUAAUAGAGUGGGCCAUCAAUGAGAGGUUACAGGUAUGUAUGCAGAACUGAGUAUUUAGAUGGUCAUGGCCUCUUCCUGCAUGCAUAAUAGUUUAGUGGAGAAGAUGAUUUUGAUUUUGAAGUGGCACUGAUCGAGUGGGCCAUCAAUGACAGCUUAUGUAUGCAGGUGGGUGUUUUAUAAAGUUGUUCGUAACUUGCGACCGACUUUACGAACGACUGGGGACCCUUAUGGUAAAUGAUACAAUGAUACACACCAGGGGGCCGUUUCAUAAAGCUGUUCUUGAGUUAAGAGCGACUUUAAGAACGACUGGUGAACCCUUACGCGCUAAACCAUCGCCAAUUCAAUACCAUUUACCUCAAGAAAGGAUCACCAGUCGUUCUUAAAAUCGCUCUUAACUUAUGAACAGCUUCAUGAAACACCCACCAGGUUUUCAUUGGUGUUUAUUUAGUUCCAAAGGGAGAGUCACCAGUCGUUCAUACAGUCACUUGUAAUUUGUGAGCAGCUUUGUGGAACACCCACCUAAAAUAUUAAUGGAAGUGUCAUGGUGUAGUUGCUCUUGCCUUUCAUUUUUAAACGGAGGAUCAAGGCAUCAAUUCCAUUCAGCAAGGAAUUCAUCCAUAUUGCAUUGCACCAAACCCAGGUUUUGGUUAUUGGGACCUGGCAGGAUCUUUUGUAUUGAUACAAAGGUCACAUGACAGUUUUGUAAGGCCAGUGGGGCAAUGUCAUAUUUCAGUUAGACUUAAGUACAUAUAGCACUUCUACAAUUAUGGUACAUUUAGUGUAAUUAUUUUUGUUAUUUGUGUUGUGGAAAUGAUGGUAACAAUUCAUUGUAAGCUGCCUUUCUGUGAAACACUAAACCGAAACUUACUAUCACAAUAACUUUUAGCGCGGCGGUUCCGGCACCGACGGCAUGCAGCUUACGGUAUAAAAGGCGCACGCAGCGAUUGUCCACUUCAUUGCCUGACGAAGACUAGCAGGUGCAGUCGAAAUGUCGCAAUUUCAGUUUGCCGCAUCGUGAGACAACGGAUUAUUUCCUUUACCAAAUCUAUACUACCACGAUGAUCAACAUCUUCCGUACAAACUUUUAUUCUUAUAAACAUUUACAUGUAUGAUUGUGCCAUGAAUUUGCUUUGAUUUGUAAUUGUUUUGGUGACUUACGCUCCUCACCUGGCUUCUGUAACACAAAAGUUUGCAAUCUCUAUUGACCAAUCAAGAUCAUUGUUGCAUGCUCACCUUGUUGCAAACACUGGCCAGUAACCAAUCAGAAUCGUUCUUUUAUAUUUGAAAUCCUUCACAAAAAAUGUGUUAUGGGGUUGAGGGAUUCUCCUUUUCUGACAAAUGAAAUUAAAAUUCUAGUAAUUUCAGACAUAUUUUAGCCAUCAAAAAGUUUUUUUUAUUAACCGGAAGGCUCAUUCUAAAUCAUUUUUGCACUUAACUUAAUUUUGAUGUGGGCAACUGGUAAAGGGUUUGCUUAGCAGACUAGCUCAUGAAAUUCAUUGAGAGCUACAAUCUUUGGCAUUUAUUAGUUCAAUUCCCAUUUGACAGAUGUAGGUCUAUUGAAUAAAUAAAUUCCAUGCUGUUUUCACUUUACACUGUUCAUUUACAGCGGGCAUUCAAGAGUAGGCUUAUUUUUGACACCCAUAUAUUUUAGAUAUUUUAGAUAAAAUAAAAUGGAAAUAAUCCUUCUGCAGAAUACCCUUCUUCGAAUGAUAUAUAUUUUUUAUUAUGUGCAUGUAAAGAAUAAAUUACUGUAAUAUAAUCCA